AUGAACAGACGACAUAAUAAAGGAUUUGGACGACAGAAAAUGAAAGAGAAAGAGAAGAAGACGAAGAAGAAAAAGAAAGAAGAAGAAAACAAACUGAUUCGAGAGAGUGAAGAAAACUCGUCGUCUCUGUCGUCGAAAGACGAAGCGCAUUCGACACAAAACAUUCUCGUGACAAAUGUGAAAAGAAAGAGCGCGGACUACGACGAGGACAAAGACGCGCACACGACGACGUGUAGGACAACAACGACAACGACAACGACAACGAGCGCGAAUACGACGAGAAAUUGCAGAAUAUGCAUGUGCGAAGAGUCGCGGUCGAUGCCGUUCGUGCAACUCGGGUGUACCUGCAAAGGCGCGAUGGCGUUCGCUCACAAGGUACUAAAACGCUUUUUUUCGUCAAAGUACCUACCGUUUUGA